AUGGAUACAACCGGCGACCAGAUUGUACCGUUCUCAAGUGUUUGGGUAAUGCAGUCAGCGGAACUUGAAUUUCGGAAUGAGCUGAUGGGGCGUCUGCAAAAAUUGGAAUCUAACCUCGAACUGGAUGUUGUGCCCAGCACGCAGCAUCACCCUGAACCAAACUCGCCCGUGCCGUCCUCCGGCCUGUCUACUUACGCCGGUCUAAGUUACGAACAGUAUGGCAAAGAGCUGUUUAUCGCUGGCCACAAAAGUCGGGAUAUGUUGUGCCCGGACACGGACGACUCCUUUCUGCGGCCACCGCUGUGGGAGGACAUCACCAGUUCGAUACAAAACAUUGACCCCGAGAAUGCCAUCAUGCUGGGCAGUAUGAACGGUACGCCCCAGGUCAAGAUGGAAGCGGCCGACGAAGCGCUCCUAGAGCCCCUGUCCUCGCCAUUGCUCAGUCCGUUAGAGAUCAAAACCGAAAAGAGCUACCUUCUAGUGCAAAGCCUUCACGAACAACAACAACACCAUCAGCAGCAGCAGCAACGCUACUGCAUAGUUCACGGUCAGCCUCAGCAAACCCCGAACGGGUACAUGGUGGAGACGGCCGACGGUGGCGGUAGCCCACGGCACCACACCAGCCUCUCUCCGCAACGCCACCACCCCCAGCCGCAGCAGCUUCAGCAGCAGCCUCUUCAUCAACACACGCUGACUCAGGAGCACCAGCUGCUCUGCCAUCCCCAGCAUCAUUUGCACGCGACGGCCAACCAGAUGUAUCACCACUGCAAGUACAUGCCGUCGCAGUGUGCGUCCAUGUGCCCUGCUCCGCUCUCGAGGCUAAUGUACGUGCCACCGCUGACGCCACCCAACUCGGACCCCGGAAGCCCCGGCAACACUUUGCAGAAUCCAUCUCGGAGGACUCCGCCUCCUCCGUACCAGCAGCAGCAGCAGCAGCAGCAGCAGCAGCUAGCCAUUCCUCAAAAUCAUCUCCACCAUCAUGGGCAGGAGAGCAUCCUGGGCCUUGGCCCGUCGGUUAUCGUUCCUCCGACGAUCCAGCUUCAUCAGCUGCACCACUCGUCCCUGACGCAGCCAGAAUCCAACGGGCCGCAGCCAAAUCCAAGUGCACCGGAUCUAGUAGCCACGGCAGGGGACGUUGGGGGCAGUACGCACGUUGGUUACGCACGCGGAAGUCGGUCCGACGAAAGUGGUGGACGGGCAGUGGCCGGCAGAAGUGCUGCCAGCAAGGCGUCGAUGGCGAAUGGCGGCGGUGGCAACCGUGGUUCCGGCUCGAAACGGACAACGUCAGCGGUGCACAGCCUCAGUAGUGUGCUGAGCAGUGCGACUAUGGUAAAGCACAUUGCGGGCCGCUACAAUCGACGCAACAAUCCCGAGCUGGAGAAACGGAGGAUACACCACUGUGAUUUUAUCGGAUGCACGAAGGUGUACACCAAAAGUUCGCACUUGAAGGCCCAUCAACGAAUACACACCGGUGAAAAACCCUACACUUGCCAGUGGCCCGAGUGCGAGUGGCGGUUCGCCAGAUCGGAUGAGCUGACCCGCCACUAUCGCAAGCACACCGGGGCCAAGCCGUUCAAGUGCAUCGUCUGCGAACGCAGCUUCGCCCGCAGUGAUCACCUAGCGCUUCACAUGAAGCGACAUUUACCAAAAAAUAAAUAG